AUGGAGCCAAAGUCCUUCCGUUUGUUUCUUCUCACCACAACGGCUUGUUUCAUCCUCAUUUUCACUUCCACUAACUUCACUCACGCACCGUCGUCCAUGACAAGGAUUUUUGACUGCACAAACUCAUCCUUUUCACAUCUUUGCACCACAAGAAACUUCCUUUUCAACAAACAUAUUCGACCCAUUCCUAAAAACAAUCCUAAACCAAACCCAAAAAACCAUGACCACCUUUCUGAUACACCAAAACAUCCUCUAGACCCCCUCACGUUGGUCGAGAUACAAAAAGUCCGAUCAACACUCUCCUCUCACGCACUCUUCGCCUCACGUGCACCACACGCACUUCAUUCCGUCGUACUCGAAGAGCCAGACAAGAAUCUCGUACGACAAUGGGAGAAAGGAAACGCACUCCCACCAAGAAAAGCCUCUGUGAUAGCACGUGUCGUUAGCGACUCGCACGUGCUCACCGUUGAUUUAUCUACUGGUCACGUCGACAUAGUGGAUAGUCCAGUUCGUGUGUUGGGUUUCCCGGUUAUGACCGUUGAGGAGAUGAGCGACGCCACAUGGGCACCUUUCUCAAACACGGAGUUCAACCGUACGAUCAUCUCACCUGGACUUAAUCUAACGGACGUGAUUUGUUUCCCGAUAUCCAGUGGCUGGUAUGGUAACAAAGAAGAAACUUCGAGGUUAAUUAAGAUUCAAUGUUACUUAACACAAGGCACGGCUAAUUUCUACAUGCAACCAAUCGAAGGUUUGACUCUACUUUACGAUUUAGACACAAAGCAAAUCCUCGAAGUAUCCGAUACGGGUCGGGCAAUACCCAUACCCAGUCCAAACAAUACCGAUUACCGUUUCGCCAGUGUUCCGACCCUGGAUAAAAUCCGAAUCCUCAACCCAAUAUCCAUGGAGCAGCCACGUGGACCAAGCUUCGUAAUCGAAGACAACCAUCUAGUAAAAUGGGCAAACUGGGAGUUUCACUUAAAACCCGACCCGAGAGCCGGGUUGAUCAUAUCCCGGGUCAGGUUUCACGACCCGGAUACACAAGAGACACGUGAUGUGAUGUACAAAGGGUUUGUGUCGGAGCUUUUUGUUCCCUAUAUGGAUCCAUCGGAGGCUUGGUACUUCAAGACUUAUAUGGACGCAGGCGAGUAUGGUUUCGGGUUACAAGCGAUGCCGCUUGAGCCGCUUAACGAUUGUCCGAGAAACGCUGUUUAUAUGGACGGAAUAUUCGCUGCGGCUGACGGAACGCCGUACGUGAGAGAGAAUAUGAUAUGUGUGUUUGAGAGUUACGCCGGAGAUAUUGCAUGGCGUCACUCAGAAAAUCCCGUCACCGGCUUACCGCCGAUAAGGGAAGUAAGACCAAAGUUGACGCUUGUGGUACGAAUGGUAGCCUCAGUGGGUAACUACGAUUACAUCUUUGAUUAUGAAUUCGAAACUGAUGGGCUUAUGAGACCUAAGGUCGGGCUCAGUGGAAUCUUGAUGGUUAAAGGGACAACGUAUGAGAACAAGAACCAAGUGAAGAAAGACAAAGAAGGUAAUGAAGAAGAGCUUUAUGGCACCAUUCUAUCUGAAAAUGUAAUAGGAGUAAUUCACGACCACUACGUCACUUUCUAUCUUGACCUCGAUGUCGAUGGCCUGGAUAAUUCGUUUGUGAAAGUGAACCUAAAGAGGCAGGAGACUAAGCCGGGUGAGUCACCAAGGAAGAGUUACAUGAAAGCUGUUAGGAACAUUGCAAAAACUGAAAAGGAAGGCCAGAUCAAGCUUAGCUUGUACGAUCCAUCAGAAUUCCACGUCAUCAAUUCUGGUAAAACCACUAGGGUCGGUAACCCAACGGGCUACAAGAUUGUACCUAGAGCCACGGCUGCUAGUUUGCUUGACCACGAUGAUCCGCCGCAGAAGAGAGGAGCUUUUACCAAUAACCAAAUAUGGGCCACUCCAUACAAUAUGUCUGAGCAAUGGGGUGGUGGUUUUUUCACCUACCAAAGUCAUGGUGACGAUACUCUUGCAGUUUGGUCUGAGAGGGAUAGAGACAUAGAGAAUAAAGACAUAGUGGUAUGGUACACACUUGGAUUUCAUCACAUUCCAUGUCAAGAAGAUUUCCCAAUAAUGCCCACGGUUUCUUCUAGCUUCGAUUUGAAGCCUACAAAUUUCUUCGAGCGCAAUCCAAUCCUUCAAGCUUCUCCGUACUUCGAACGUGACCUUCCAGUUUGCGGAACAGAAUCUGUUUCUGCUUAA